AAAGAAAGUUGCAGUGUUGCCCACUGCUGCUGCUAUCCUUUUUCAACAGCAAUCUUAGAUAUGACCCUGGCAAUGGCUAAGGUCGGAAGGAAUUAUCCCCAAAAUUUUCUUUUCCCUCCCCUAAACACAGGAAGCGGCAAAAGAAAAACGUUUCGAAUUUUCUUCUUUGCCCCACGUGUCAUGUCCAGUACAUGCAGCAAACGCCACUCAGCUCCGUCCGCCAUGGUUUCCCUUCCCCCUUUCCCCUCCUCCAGAAAGAAUUCGUCUCCGUUCUCUCCACUCUUAUCCACAAACCCAUUAUAAUCCCCCUUCCCCCCGCCGGCUCUCCAUCAUCAUUCUCAGGAAUUCCCUCUUGCAAUCUGGUAUACUCCUACUACAACAGCGCAGCUACUAAUGGAUCUGAUUCACAAGUUCCUGAACUUGGUAGCUCCUCCAUUCACCUUCUUCUCCCUCUGCUUCCUCCUCCCUCCCUACUACCUCUACAAGGCCUGCACCACCGCGCUGCACUACCUCACCAGCGAGGACGUCUCCGGCAAGGUCGUCCUCAUCACCGGCGCCUCCUCCGGCAUCGGCGAACACCUGGCUUACGAGUACGCGAGCAGAGGCGCGUGCCUGUCACUCGUCGCCCGCAGAGAAGUCGGGCUGCGAGAUGUAGCCGAGGUCGCUCUUGAAUUGGGAUCCCCGAAAGUCAUCUCCAUCGUUGCAGAUGUCCAGAACGUCGACGACUGCAGGCGAAUCGUCGACGAAACGGUUAACCAAUUCGGCGGAAGAUUGGAUCACUUGGUGAACAAUGCUGGGAUCUCUUCGGUGUGCAACUUCGAAGAUGUCGCCGAUAUCACCAGCUUCAGAACCAUCAUGGACACCAACUUCUGGGGAUCGGUUUACAUGACCCAAUUCGCCAUACCGCACCUGGCCAGAUCCUACGGCAAGAUCAUCGCCAUGGCGUCCGCUGCUUCGUGGCUGCCCGAGGCAAAGAUGAGCUUCUACAAUGCGAGCAAAGCGGCCGUGGUGUCCUUCUUCGAGACGCUGAGGGUGGAGCUAGCUCACGCCGUGUCGGUCCUGAUCGUCACUCCCGGGUACGUCGAAUCGGAGCUGACGAAGGGCAAAUUCAUGACGAGUGAGGGCAGAAUGGAAGUGGAUCAGGAAUUGAGGGAUGCCAAAGUGGGUGCCGUGCCCGUGGCGUCGGUCAGGUCGACGGCGAGCGCGAUCGUGAAGAGCGCUUGCAGAGGGGACAAGUACUUGACGGUUCCAGCCUGGUACAGGACCACUUGGUUGUGGAAGAUUUUCUGCCCCGACGCCGUCGAGCUGGCCUACCGCUUGUUCUUCACCAGCCCGCCGGGCGGGCCGGAGACUGCUGCGCCGAGCAAGAGGGUGCUGGAAAUGACUGGCGCGCAGAGGUUGCUUUACCCUGAGAGCAUUCAGAACCCCAACAUCAAAAGAGAGUAGAGGAAUUAGGCACUCCUUCGCACUUUCGCCUUUGUAUCUAUAUCCAAUGUCGAUGUAGUGUUUAUAAACUUGGGAUUUCACCCAAAUUGUGAAAUCGAAAUAAUAAAAAGCCGGGAGGUUUGUUAA